CAGAUAUUGGAGUUUUUCUUUAUAAAACUCGCACUUCUCCGGCUUCAGAUAGAGGUCGUUGUCGCGCAAGAUCUGGAAAACUUGGUUCAGGACCUGGAUGUGUUCCGCCAUGUUUUUGGAAAAGAUGAGGAUGUCGUCCAUGUAUACGGUUAUUUUCCGUGCUGUGAUGAGUUCUCUGAAGAUCAUGUUCAUCAUGGCUUGGAAAGUGGCUGGCGAGUUGGUAAGGCCGAAGAACAUCACUGUGGGUUCAUAAGAACCCAACGGAGUGAUGAAAGCUGCCUUCCACUCGUCGCCCUUUUUGAUUCGUAUAUUGUUGUAUCCCCACCGUACAUCCAAUUUGCUGAAAAUGGUGGCCCCUUUAAUCACGUCCAAUAG